AUGGCGAUGACUUUGGACGAGGAGGACAAAAUCGAAGAAGAGACUCCUCCUAACGAUGAAAACAACACGAACGCGUGCCGUUGGCAAGACGUGCCGUUGAUUCCUCAGCUCGUUGGUACCGUGUCACCGUGUUCGUGGUACUCGGAAAAAGAUGGGUGCAUUUACUCCUGGGGAGGACAGAGCGGCGAAGGCGAGGAAGCCUCGAGGGAGGAGAUGAAGGUUUUGGACUUGGUCGGCGGCGAAUUCGCGCAUUGGACGUUUCACGUGGAAAACAGCCCGAACCCGGACGCGUUUCCGUCGUUUUGCGCGAGAGAAUUGAAGACGAGCAGCCGUAAGAAGACGACGACGAAGAAGAAGAAUGAAAAAGAUGAAGAAGACGAGGUCUUGACGUUUUUGUCCGGCGGUGCGGAAGAAGGGGAGAACGGCGGUGCCGGUGACGACCAUCAUCCGUCGACGAGUGGUAGUAAAACCGUCGCGCGAACGUACGACUCCGCGUUGAAAAAAUGGACCAUUUUGGAGCCAGCGGCAGAUAGGAAGAUCAACGCGGUACCUGACGAAAGGUUUGGCGCGUCGUCGACCUUCAUUAGCGAUCAGAAGGUGGUGCUGUUUGGAGGAGUGAAGAAACGCAUUCCGCCUUUGAAACCCAAGCGCAUAUGUGGCCCGCACCUCAUUAAGGAGAGCGAUCUCCCUACGGAACAUGAAGCUGCGAUGAAGAAACAGAACGCCGCGUAUACGAAUGAGACGUACAUUUUCGAUUUCAAAUCCAACACUUGGAAUCACGUGAGGGUGCCAGUAAGGAAAUGUCCUCCAGCUCGAGCGUUUGCGAGUUUAAUCUCUGUUACGGAUGACGUUGCGUUUCUCUUUGGCGGCGUAGAUGCUGCCGGCAGGUGCUUCAACGACGUCUGGAAGUUUGACUUUAAGAACAAAAACGAGCCAUGGAAAGAAAUUCUUGCGGAGAAAGAGGCACACGAAAUGAUUCCACCGAGAAUGUUGCACGCCGUCUGCGCGCUUCCCGACGGCGAUGGUAUGCUUGUCGUUGGUGGGAGAGGCAGUAAGAACGAAUGCCUCGGCGAUGCGUGGAUCUUCUCGUGCGAGUUUAGCGUUUGGCAAAAGUUACCGGAAUACAUGUCACCGAAGAUGGGAGUAUUUGGUGCAAGGCUCGUUCCAGCUCGAUCGGCGGUGUUUCGAAUCGGUGGCGCGUUUGCAGAUGAGGUAGAAGGGAAUCAAGUUAUGAUUGAAGAAUCGAACGUUACGGGCACGAAUACCGCCGCCUCUUCGCAAAAAAAGAAGAAGAAAUCAAAAGUCUCUGCGGUGGAGUUAUCGACAACUAAUUCAGGCGCGUCAUUUUUUGCCGGUGCUGGGUUAACGCACGGCAACGAACUCACGAACCCAGAGUUAUUUGACGAUGAUGAUAAAAAAGAAAAUUUGUGGGACGACGUGUUCCCGCUGAAAGACUGCUGGGACGCAGAUGCCGCCGCCCUGACGACGGAUCUUAAAACCAGGAAAAAGAAGAAAUCGGCUGGCGGCGACAUGAAGCUGCCAAGUGUUAGUAUUACCCCGACGAAGACGAAAAAGGAUCUAUCGAUUUCUACGAAAAAGUCUACCGAAGUGCAGCCUUCGUUGGAACAGAGCAGCGGCCGCGAAAACGCGAACAACGUGACAUCCAUCGCUACGACAGAAACGCCACGAGCCGGAGUCCGGUCCGCGUUUGAGCCCGUCAAAGGUUCGCAAGCGUUUAAAGUGGACGGUAGAUCUGCUCCACCGCCGGCGGCGCCCGUCGCCAACUGCGAGUUCUGUGUCGUUGAAUUCAAAGGCAAGACGAGAAAUCAAAUGUUGAUGAAGCACCGAGAGGAGUGUUCGAAAAACCCGAAGAACAUCAUCGGCGAAGCGACCGAAAAGAUUGCCUUAUCAUUCUCAAAGGCCGACCGGCUUUUAGGCUUGCCCAAGCUGAAGGUGCAAAAAUCUGCCGCCCCGAAAUCCCACGGCGGCGAUUUGCCCAGCUUGAGUCCGCGCGCCAGUCGAGAAGAAGUGCUCGUCCCGGGCGUGCGUCCAGCACCUUCGGACGACGAGGACGAGGAUAAAGUCAACGCUGUCAAGAAGAAAAAGAUGAAGAAACAACCUUCCAAGCUCGGGCGAUCGAGUUCGUCUCAGAUGAAAGUUGCCUCGGCCGGGAGCGGCGAGGUCGGAGGCAAAAGCAGCGGAGGAGAUGCGCCGAACAACAACGCCGCUGCGGCCGCCGCGGGAGCAAAGAAGAACGAAGAAAAGGAAAAAGCGACAACGACGACGCCUGCAAACAACGAGAAGAGCAUGCCACCCAAAAAGAGAAAGUUGGCCGAAGACGGGGCUACGCAAAAGAACGAGACGACGGAAGAGGAGAGAGAGGCGUUGAGGAACGAAGAAUGCUACCAAAGGGUGAUGCAGAGAAGCGUGAACUUGCCCAGAUUGCAUAACGCAUCUGGAGCCUUGACGGUCUCAGAAGCAGAUUUGAUGAAAUCGUUUGCACAACUGGCUAAUAUGAAAGAAGACGCGUUCAAAAUAAUGGACAACAAGAUGAAGGCGGAGGAGAAAGAGAUUUGGGACGGAGCGGCGAAACACCUGGCGAAUGCAAUGCAGAGCAAAGAUUACGACAAACUCUUCAAAGAGCUGAGUACUAACGGCACAACAACAACAACCUCUCCAUACAAAAAGGCGAAAGGAGGAGGAAAACUUCCAGCGAUUGGUUCGAAAGUCGAUUCUUCCAAGAGUAAAAUUACGGGCACUUUUGACGCCGGGUACUUCGUAGAGCUCGUCAUCGACGGCAAGAAAUGCUCGGGGAUUGCAUUUUCACCAGUUUUGAAAACGACCACCAUUGGCGGGAAACAAUAG